UCCAACAACACCUCCGCCCUACGCAAUUCCCACAUAAUCGCAGAGCCCCACUGCACACUCCCGCCAUCAUGGACGACACAGAUAUGACAGAUGUCGCCUACGACAUUGAAAUUGAUGUUGGACCGAACGUUGAACCCGUAGCGCAACAACAGCCACAGCAAGUUGCUCAGAGCAACAUAGCAGAAACCGAAGGCAGCAUACCUGCAGCUUACCUGGAGGACAUUGUGAUUCACGAGCCAUGGCCCGAGUCGAUAAAUCUCCAAGGCGUGAGCGACUUCGACCCCAACGACCCAUUGUACUGGGCCAUGGAGCAUUGCCAGUCAGAACCACGCGUCAAGCAACUGCGCUGGGUCAACGACAACUCGGUCAACCUUGAAUACUACACAAAGGAAGAUGCCGCGCUGGCCUUGAACUUGCUCACGCAUCCCGAUACCGGUGAUACCAGCAACCUUUCUCUGCAGGCGCCUCGCAAGGCAAAGCCAUACUCGAAGAAGCCAAACAGCAUUCUUUCGGUCAGACAGUCCAAUGCUGGAGAUCAGAAGCCAAGGGGUGCGGCGACGAGAAGCAACUAUUAUCAGCGCAAUCCAGAUGUUGCGGGAAAUCGCCAGCGGGAGCCGCGACGAAGGCAACCACCCAAGAAGGACUUUUUAGACUAUGGAGACGAAGAGAUGGGGUCCCGUGAGCGCAGCAGGAGGAGAGACAGUGGAGACGAGUCCAUGGGAGAUUCGGGUGUUGACCGAAGGGGCCCGCGGAGAAAUGGACGAGACACCCGCGACAAUCGCGGUCGAGGCAGAGGAGACCGUCAAUCUACUGGCAGGUUCCGAAGCGACAACCAAGGCAAAGACGUCGACUCUUACAGGCCAGGAUCGAGAAGUCCCAAAGAACCGCGUUUUGGUCGUCUACGAGGGCGCAGUGCCUCCCCCGCCUCAGACGAAGAAGGCGACGGUCGAUUCGGAUUCGCAGAGGACGCAACGCACGCAGGCCGCAGCCGGUACCGUAGCCGCAGCCCUGGUCACAACAACCGACGUCGGCGUGAAGCUAGCGCUGACCGAUGGACGCAUGACCGCGCAAACUACGAUCGUGCUGGAGGAACUACAGGCGGAGGCCGAUGGCAAAAGGACGCCUUCUUCGUGGACACCUCGCCCAUGGGCAAUCACCACCGGUCGAAUGCAAUUGAUGUGAAGCGAGGAAGCGGUGCAUCAUUGCUCUCGCGCAUGACAAAGGAUGGCCAACCUGUAGCCCCACAGCACAAGCGUUCUCUCGCUGAUAGAAUCACGCGCGACGAUGACGACGACUCGGAAGGAGGAUAUGGACGAUUGAAGAACGAUUACCGUGACCCCAACGUCACCGACUUUUCUGAGCCAGCACGGCCUCGUCGCGGUCUUGCAGAUCGUAUAUCCCGCGAUACUGACAUGAGUAUUCGCGGACAGGGACGAUCGCACAGCCAAGAAGGCAUCAAUAUUCGUGGUUCUGCUGAGCGUUCCGCGGGUGGAAUCAAUAUACGGGGUGUAGCCAGUGGUGCUUAGAGUAAUACCUACUAUCACUGUUGGCCGUAGUCUGAAUCGUUGUGAAGGAUCCUAUCUUAGUAUGAAGUGGCCGGGCAAGGGCAAGGCAGAUUGCUUGUAGCAUACAUCAUCACAUUUGCCCUGAGCGUUUAUCCUCUAUCUGUUUCUUGAACCAUUGCGAUGGGUGGGCAGCAUACCAAAAGAAAUACAUUUUCAUUCCUGUCUGUUCAUCAUCAAGGGGUCAAAGGCAUGGAAAGCUCAUCGUCGGGCUGCACAGUUUAAUUGAAAUUGGCAUACACACAGCUGUAUACAUGCUCAAGUCUAUAAGAUAGUAGUGUCUGAAAAAGAAUGGAAACAAUGUCGAGCCCACAUAGGGAAACC